CCUUUCACCCUGACGUUGACGGCUCAACGCGGAAGCGCGAUGGCGGCGGCAGAAGGGCCGGCAGGCGGCAAGAGCGGCGCUUCCCCGUCGGCUGCGCACCGGAGGCUGCGGAUCCUCUCAGGCCACCUGAGGAGCGGGCCGCCGGAGGCGCACCUGUCCGCUGUCCAGUGCCGAGGGCGGGCGGCGCCGGCGCCGGCUCGCCCUCAGCCGAGCACCUUCCCCAAGAGGCGGCAAGAAGUUUUUAAGUGGAACGGAUGGGGUUACAAUGACUCAAAAUUCAUCGUCAAUAAGAAGGGACAAGCAGAAUUCACAGGGAAAAGGUACCGGCUAGGUGGUACGGUGUUGCCUUUUUUACUAGACUGGAUGGAGAAAUUUAUGGGCGGAAAUACGGAGCAUAAGAGUACUUCUAGAGCAUCCCUGAAUCUUAGUGAUGUGCCUCCUUCUAUUGCAAAUGAAGAAUUUAUCAAAGACCUCCAAGCUGCUAAAAUAUCGUAUACCCAAGAAGCAGAAGCUAGGAUAUUCAGAGCUCAUGGUCAUUGCUUACAUGAACUAUAUGAGCUCAGGGAAGGAAUGUUUCAACGAGUUCCUGAUAUAGUUGUAUGGCCAGAAUGCCAUGAUGACGUGGUUAAAAUUGUGGAAUUAGCCUGCAAGCAUAACAUUUGUAUUAUACCGUAUGGUGGCGGAACAAAUGUUUCUAAUGCUCUUCAGUGUCCUGCUGAUGAGAAAAGAACGAUUGUUUCAUUGGACACCUCACAAAUGAACAGGAUUCACUGGAUAGAUGAGAAAAAUUUAACCGCUCACGUUGAAGCUGGCAUUGUUGGACAAGACUUGGAAAGACAGCUGGGUGAAAGCGGUUACUGUAUGGGCCACGAACCAGAUUCAAUGGAAUUCAGUACACUUGGAGGCUGGGUAGCAACGCGAGCAUCAGGCAUGAAGAAAAACAUUUAUGGAAACAUUGAAGACCUGGUGGUUCAUAUAAAAAUGGUAACCCCAAGAGGUGUGAUACAAAAAAGCUGUCAAGGACCACGUAUGUCAACAGGACCUGACAUCCAUCAUUUCAUUUUAGGAUCUGAAGGAACCCUUGGAGUGGUAACAGAAGUUACAAUAAAAAUUCGACCAAUCCCUGAAUACCAAAAGUAUGGGUCUAUAGUAUUUCCAAACUUUGAGAAAGGGGUGGCCUGUUUAAGAGAAGUAGCAAAGCAGCGAUGUGCUCCUGCAUCCAUUCGCCUUAUGGACAAUAAUCAAUUUCAAUUUGGACAUGCUCUUAAACCACAGGUUUCUUCAAUUUUUACAUCGCUUCUGGACGGGUUGAAAAAAUUCUACAUCACAAAGUUCAAAGGAUUUGAUCCCAAUGUGCUAUGUGUUGCUACCUUGCUUUUUGAGGGAGACAGAGAGAAGGUUCUUCAGCAUGAAAAGCAAGUUUAUGAUAUUGCCGCAAAAUUUGGUGGUCUGGCAGCUGGAGAAGACAAUGGACAGAGAGGAUACAUGUUAACGUUUGUCAUUGCUUACCUUCGGGACCUGGGCAUGGAUCAUUAUAUAAUAGGAGAAUCGUUUGAAACGUCUGUUCCCUGGGACAGGGUUCUAGACCUUUGCCGAAAUGUGAAGGAAAGAAUAGUAAGAGAAUGCAAAGAAAGAGGCGUUCAGUUUGUACCUUUUGUUUCCUGUCGGGUGACGCAGACCUACGAUGUUGGCGCCUGUGUCUAUUUCUAUUUGGGCUUUAACUACAGAGGAUUAAGCGACCCUGUUCACGUUUAUGAAGAAAUAGAGAUGUCAGCUAGAGAAGAAAUCCUUGCUAAUGGAGGAAGCCUGUCACAUCAUCAUGGAGUGGGCAAGUUACGGAAGCAUUGGCUGAAAGAGAGCAUCUCAGAUGUUGGCUUUGGGAUGCUGAAAUCUGUCAAACAAUUUGUGGACCCCAAUAACAUCUUUGGAAACAGGAACCUUUUAUAAGCCUGGUUACUAUCCAAACCGAAGUUACAAAAAGAAGAAGAGUGACCGUUUGAGUCUCAUGGCUAUCCCAGUAUCCAGAUAUAGCAUGGACCCAAUUUGAAAGCUGUUUACUCCUUACAUCUUUAAUUUUCUUCAGUUAAAUGUGAUCAUACAAUUUACUCAUAGCACACUUCCCACAGAGUACUCCAAAACAUUUCUCACACACAACCAGCCCAAAGUAUACUAAUGCCAAUCUAACUUAUAACCUGUUUGGAUGGCUUCCCCUGCUAUAGUGCAAGAAUAGCUAAGGCAGAUACUAAAUGUUUCUGUCAUAGGAGAUGUUCUUGACAAAGCAGCACUUCUGAGAAGCAGAUGAAAAAUGGGUUUAUAUUUAUAUAAAACAGUUUUUCUAUUGAAAUUUUAAACAAAUAGGCAAUGAAAUUCAUGCCAUGCUGCAAUUUUUUUUUAAAAAAAAAUCAAAACCCGAAAAUAAUUUUGGAUUGCUAGUUCCCCCUAUCUGGUAUUAUUGAAAGCAUUAGUUCACAAAGUGUAGUCUUAAUAGCAUUUGUAACUUAAUGUUCUGAACAAUACUUACUGACUCCAAAAAGCAAACAUUUAUUUUUAAAUGCAGAAAAACACACUUUAUCUUUGUUAAACAAAGUGUAGUGCUUUCAUAAUUUUGCCCUGCUGAUUCUUUUACAGGGCAAAAUUUCCCAAGUAGACAAAUGGUCCUGUUAAUUCUGUGUCUCCAGAAGUGUAAUUUGGAGUUUUACCCAUUUCAAUUCUGAAACAGUCUAUUUUAAAUUUUGACUGCUAACUAUGAGUGUAAUCAUUUAGUCCACAAAAAUAAAAUGUCAUGCUUUUCUAAACAGUAUCAGAAAGCAUUAGAAUGAAACCUACCUUAGAAUUGUUUAAAUAAUUUAAUUCUGCCUACCUAUAAAUACCUACAUUUUAAGGCACCAGUUCAUUCAUUCUCUAUUUCAGAUAUAUAUGUAAUCAAAAAUAUCUGAAAUUGUGACACUUGCCCCCCAAAAUAACGUUUAUGUUAAUGUCUGCUAGCAAUUGGUAACAAAUGUGACGUUUGAAUACAUCAGUUAAAUGUCCUGUUCUAAUCUGACCACUAAAGUUUUUGCUAUUUAAUCUUAGCCCAGCAUGUCAACUCAAAGCAGUGUAUGGUCAAAUCAUAGCUACUGUAUUCAUGCCCUAAAGCACCUUCAAAACAGACCCAAUGCAUAAUAUCUCAUCAUGACAAUUGUCGGUUUGCUACUGGUCUUACCAAAACUCAUCAAUGCAAUCCAGAUAGUCCUUUAAAAAAUUUAAUCCACAAGAGGGUUUUUUUUAAAAAAAAUUGCAGCGUGAUAGGCCUGAACAAUUACUCUCUACUAAAGUCUGUACCUAUAGUAAACAUUUAAGACUGAGCACAACGUUAAGAUUUUUGUUAACCAUGUACAAGGUAUCCUCAUUGGCAUCAAUCUGGUUAUACCAGGGUACUCAGUUUUGUUUUUGAUAGGAAAAAAAAGAGUGUUUUCAUGUGCCUAAUGAGCACCAUAUUGAGGAUCAGAUGUUUGUUUCAGGGAAUAAAAUUGCCUUUUUGAUAGCAAAA